GAAGGGAAGAUGGAGGACAGGGAUAGACAAGCGCUGCGGAGUAACAGGAUGCUACUGGUCACCUCACUGCAGAUGGGGGACAUCUGGGACCCUCUGGUGAAGAGAGGGGUGUUCACUAAUGACAUGAUAGAGGAGAUCCAGAGAGCCGGGACACGCAGAGAUCAAGCUCGCCAAUUACUGGUCGAAUUAGAGACUCGGGGGAGCCAGGCGUUUCCGCUGUUUCUGCUUUGCUUACAGGAAACCGGACAGCACAGCCUUGCGGAUGCCCUCAUGGAAGGCGGCGGAGACCGCGUGAUAAAACCAGCAGCCGUAUCGCCAGCACCACUCCCCCCUAUUUAUGCGGGGAGACGCGAGACUUCAUAUAAUCCCGUUAGGAAGCCGAAACACUUGGACAUAGAAGCGGAUUAUCCAAUGAACUUUGACCCCUGCGGUUAUUGCCUCAUCAUCAAUAACGUGGAGUUCGCAGAGUUCACCAAUUUGUCCUACAGAGGCGGCUCCGAUAUUGAUCGGGAAAAGAUGGAGAUGCGGAUGAAAUCGUAUCAUUUCGACGUCUCGGUGAAGAAUAAUCUGAAAGGAGCGGUCACUUUGCUCGCUGUUUUCCAGGAUUAUCCAAUGAACUUUGACCCCUGCGGUUAUUGCCUCAUCAUCAAUAACGUGGAGUUCGCAGAGUUCACCAAUUUGUCCUACAGAGGCGGCUCCGAUAUUGAUCGGGAAAAGAUGGAGAUGCGGAUGAAAUCGUAUCAUUUCGACGUCUCGGUGAAGAAUAAUCUGAAAGGAGCGGAAAUCUACGAGGAGCUUCAGCUUCUGGCCUCCAAAGAUCACAGCAAGAAGGACUGCUGCCUCAUCAUCAUCCUGUCUCACGGCUGUGAGACCCGACACACACGGUUUCCAGGCGGAGUAUACGGCACAGACGGGGUAAAGAUCUCUGUGGAAAGAAUCGUCAACUUCUUCAACGGUCACAAUUGUCCGAGUCUGGGAGGAAAACCAAAACUGUUCUUCAUCCAGGCUUGCGGAGGCGAUCAGAAAGACAGAGGUGUAACAGUGGAAUCCGCAGACCUCCCCGAGGAAAUCGACUCUUGUUCCUUGCAGUCUGACGCCAUUGCUGUCCGCCCCAGUGAGGAAGAUGGAGACGAAACGGACGCAGUGGCGAGCCUGCCCACCUCCAGUGAUAUUCUGGUCUCCUAUUCAACCUUUCCAGGUUAUGUAUCCUGGCGCGAUAAGAAAAGCGGAUCAUGGUACGUGGAGACGCUGGAUGAAGUCCUAGAAAGCUACGCUACGACUUUAGACUUGCAGGCCCUGCUGGUCAUGGUGGCGAAUAUCGUAUCAUCAAAAGGAACAUAUAAACAGAUACCCGGCUACUUCAACUUCCUUCGCAAGAAGUUCUUCUUUAAAACAGACUAAA